AUGCAGCGUCCGUUUGAGAUUGUCAUCCCCGGGGAUGGCAGCUCGUCGUAUAAUGCAGCGCGACGACUGCCCCGUCCGCUCUCUGUGGACGCAGCACUGCAGUUCUCGCCGAUGACGAGUGCGCCGAUAUUUGGCCUGGACUCAAUCCUGCGGCCGGAUAUCGAGCAGCCCUCACUUGCCAACUGGGCGCGCACCUACGACUCCCACACCGCCGGCAGAUUAGUAGACGCCCUGGACAACGAAACACAAGCAAGCUCUACAGACUCAACCCAUGUCGAGACCGUCCGGAAAAACAUACAGAACCUGCUGAUAGGCGACGGCCUGGGGGGUGAAGGCCUGACGAAGAUUCAAUUUAAGGUGCCGCCGCGGGCAAGUCAACCUCAUCUCUCCCAGAAGACCCAGACGCCACCAACGAACGUGGAACUCACGGCUCACGAGCGGCUUGGGCCUUUCGCAAAAAUGAUACUGGAUACCAUAAACGUCCCCUACAGGUUCGCAGACCCGUCGCCUAGCUCUCCUAGUCCGCUGAAGCAAGCUCCUCGAGUAAAACCGUCCACCGUUCCGGAUGUGUCUAGCCGGGAUAUCCGUGAUGCCGGUGAUAAAGCGAUCCCAGGGAAUCAGCUACAGGGUAUAGCAAUGAAACCUGUUAUCCUUGUUCCAGCUUUACCCGACUCUUCACAACUGAGCGAGUACGAACAUAUUCCAGAUACCGCUACCAAGCGGCAGCGGCCAUCACCAUCUAUGCAACAAGUGGAAUCGAUCAAGCUUCGGGACCAGAGGGAAGUGAUAAAUACUGCAGUUGCGAAUUUACAGUCUCUUCUACAGGAUGUAUUUGAGAGCGAAGAUGAGCUGCAACUCGAAAGCUCACAAGGCCAAGUACAGAACGCCAAUAAAUAUUUCAACCCCAUGGAUACCGUAGAGGAUAGCAGGCCGGCGUUAUCAUCCGAGGCCCAUAGGCAGCUCCAAAAGGCAUUCCGGAGUGUAUCUGGAUAUGGGAAACUUAGCGAUAUCCCAAACGAAUUUAUAACGCGUGUCCAGAAGCUCUGUGAAGGCCCGAUCAUGGCUGCUCAGUCAGCUGAUAUCACGGUGGAUGGUGAUAUGUCAGAUACCAGCGUGGAGAGUUGGGCUAGACAACUGGGAGACCUAGAAAACGCAUUGCUCGCGAUGGGAACUCUCCUCCACACAAUGGCUGGUCGCACCGACGCGAAGGAGCUCUGCUCAGAGGACAUGAUACAGCUUAUUCCAACAGCACUAAAUCAUGUUUUUGAGCAUUGUAUCAUACCGGCAGUUGAAUGUAGGUCAAAUGGCAAAGAUGCAGCUCUGUUCAGCCGAUUCUCAAGCCAGAAGCAGGCAAUAUCAAGUUUAACCCAACAGUCAAGGAAAAUCUUGUCUCAACUCGGUGUAUUCCUCUCCGCCGUUGAUCUUGUUGAAGGAGCAAUCACAGCAAUGGAAUUUAUGGCUACCAAGCUAAUAUUCGUUGAGAACGCCCAUCAUGAGAAAGAUUCCACGAUUGGGGUUCAAAAAUAUGAAUCAGUUAGACGAUGCGCGAUGGACAUGCUUGCAAAGAUAUUUGCCAAGUACUCUGAGCAGCGAUCAUUUAUUCUUGACGAGAUUCUGGUGUCUCUAGAAAAGCUACCUUCUACGAGACAGAGCGCAAGACAAUUCAAGCUAACAGAUGGCAAAAGCAUCCAGCUGCUUUCUGCAUUGGUUGUACAGCUUGUCCAAACCACUGCACUCAGGAAUUCUUCACCAAACGCAGCCAAAUCUAAAUUGCGACCGUCCAAGCAGAACGAUGAGGAUUCAGACGACGAUGAAUCGGAUUCUGAAAAUGAAGCCGAAGCCUCACCGUUUAUAAGUCUCUCGAGGCAGGUGGACCAGGCCCAUGAUAAUGCGGUACGCAGUGCGCAGUAUAUUACUAGAUUUAUUGUACAGCGAGCUAUGACUUCGACAAAAACUGGAGAUCAGCCAUACAGAAAUAUCCUAGAUUUAUUUACGGAAGACUUGAUAAGUAUACUGGGCUCCUCAGAGUGGCCCGGUGCCGAACUUCUCCUACGUGUCCUGGCUUCCCAAAUGGUGGGAAUAGCAGAGCAUGACAAAAGUACGGCCAACGCAAAGAAUAUGGCCUUGGAGCUUCUAGGCUGGAUGGGAUCCGCAAUAUCAGAUUUGACUUCUACUGCCCAACACCUGAAUAACUCGAUGGACGAAGGCGACUCUGAGUUGACAGACUAUACAAGACAGUUGUUCGACAAUCAUAUAAGUCGCUCAUUGCAUGUCCAAGACUUGGUCGUUCGCGAUGGUCCUUAUCGCAUUGCUCUUGAGUACCUUAACACCAAGGAUGUUGCAGGUUCACACCUACAAAGUGCGCGAGACUACCUUCUUACCGCAUGGGCCAAGACUGCAUGUACCAUCUACUGCGAGUCCGCUCAGACCGAGAACCUAUCUCGCAACUCGUCUGUUAGAAAGCUAGCCACGUCAUUGAGAAGCAUGAUUUCCGAUCCUCAAUGGCUUGAGCAGCAUAGACAAUUCGAUACCAUCUCAACUCAGCAAGCUCGAAUCGCUUACCUGAUCGUUAUUUUAAGCAGUGGUUUUUGCAAGGCAUUUGACACAAUUGUUAAAGUCUUACUAAGCUCGAUUUCUAGCGAUCAAGCGAAAGUGAGGAGCAGAAGUUUGAAGAGUGUGAUUCACAUGCUUGAACGCGAUCCAAGCUUGCUCGACCGAGAUGACUCUAUCAUGGACUUGAUUCUCAGAUGCGCUGCUGACUCGUCGCCAAUGGUUCGCGACUCUGCUCUUACGUUAACUGCUCGCUGCAUAUCGCUCAAACCAGCAUUAGAGACGGAGUGUUGUCGUGCAAUCUUAGCGUGUGCCUCCGAUCCAACUGUCGGUGUUCGAAAACGGUGCAUCGGUUUGAUGAAGGAUGUAUACACCGCGACCGCGAACCAGGAAUUAAAGAUUUCAAUUAUAGAGCAAUUGCUAAAACGCGUGCAAGAUCACGAAGCAAAUGUGGCGACAUUAGCACGGCAAGCUCUGGAAGAGCUCUGGCUGUCACCCCUUCAUGCGUCUGCAGAUAGUUUUGAUACACCGCAGGCUAAGGUAUCACUUGCAGAAUUGGUCGCUCUUUUCAUAGGUGCAGUACAGCGGGGUGAUGAGGUAGUGGCCAAUCUUGAAUCAUUCUUCAAAACGGUCCUGCACUCGGAUUCUAAAUCCUCGUCACACAAUUUUAAAAUCUGCAAGGCGGCGGUUGCAACUCUGUUUGGAAACGUGGUGCAUGGUUCCGACAACGUUGAUCAACGAUCUCUGCAAUCUCACCUACGGACGUUGACGGUGUUUGCGAAGUCAAAUGCUAGACUCCUGACACCAGAUCAGCUUGAGACUCUCCAUCCAUAUAUUGGGCACCUGUCCAGUACCGACGAUCUUCUUCUAUUCCGCUCUGUGGUAGUCAUUUAUCGCUGUGUGCUUCCGCACCUUUCAGCUGCUCACAACAACCUACUGAAGGAGAUUCAAAAUGACCUCUUCAAGAGUGUCUCCAAGCUAGCUAGGACUGAACUAAAUGAAGUCAUGGCCUGUCUCUGGACAAUAAACGGGGUUUUACAAAACACUGAACGGUUGGUCAAGCUUACGAUAUCCGUCCUCAAGGGUAUCUAUCAAGCAUCUAAUACCAAACUUGACGCAUCCACGAACGGCGAUGCGCUUGGUCGAGUUAGAAGCUACAUAAGAAUUGCUGGUUGCGUCGGAAAGCAUUGCGACUUGGAGAAGUUCACUUCUUUCUUUGCUAAAGCAUUCCCCAAAUCCAACACCGAAUCUGUUUCUGGACUCAUGGUAGAGUUUAUAUCUCUCUUCACAUCCUCUGCCUACCCCCACGAACUAAGGGUCAUGGCGUUGGAGAGCUUGGGUUCGAUAUGCGAGACUUGGCCAGAACAAUAUGGUAAAGAGAAAGCUAGGAUGGCGUUUUCUUCUGUGUUCAAGGAAGACAGCGGGGAUCUUCAAGACAUUGUCCUCAAAACAUUCCUCACUUUUUUCUCUAUCCAUGAAGGCAAAUCAGAAAAAUUCGUCAAUACCAUUGAUGCAAAUGGCGAGAAUGCUGACACUAGCCGGCUUGGAGGAUCUUUGAAAGCCAAUGCAAAUGACGGUGCUGCAGCGUUAAUCGCACAAAAUUUCCUUCCACAUAUGCUUCAUGCCGCUAUGUCGAAACAGGAUUCCUUCGCACUCACCGCAAUUGAGUUAAUUGCAAGCAUCAAUCGCCAGGGUCUCAUCCAUCCGAAGGAAUGUGCAGGCGUGCUGGUAUCUCUAGAAACAUCCCCAAAUUCAACUAUUGCUAGCACAGCCUACGAUAUCCACAAAAUGCUUCAUCAGCAACACGAGUCUAUGUUUGACCGUGAAUAUAUGAGAGCGAUCCAGGAUGCCUUCUACUACCAGAGAGACGUAAUUGGUGAUCCAUCCGGUGCAUCAUCUCGACCGUUUACCCCGAAGCUCUCCCUACUAUUCGAUAUUAUCAAACUUAGCAACAGCAAGUACCAGAAGAAAUUUCUUACGAACUUUUGUUCUAAAGCAAAUUUCGAGCUGAAGAAGUUAGAUGUCUCUGGAACACCUCCCGAAUAUCUACUGCUUACAAGAUUCGUUUGUCAGAACGUUGCAUUUUUUGACUACGCGCAAGUGGCAGAGCUCCUAGCCGCAAUUUCCUGCAUGGAACGCAUCGUGGGAACUACCGGAACGGCCGUGGCACAUUCGAUAGAGACAGAAGUUCUCUCUGUGAGAGUGGUGGGGAUGGCUGAAUCAUCAGAACCACAACAGGGGGAACCCAAUCAUAUGCCUCCCCCAAUCAAUGCGGAUGUUUUAAAGCGCCUCGCUACAGCUGCUGCUGGACUAUCGAUGUUAUGGGAAACGAGGUCCUAUCUACGCCGUCUCUACAACCUAAACUUCCACGCACUACAAAAAGAGGGCAAAAUUGCUACGAAAGAGCUGAAUAAACCUGCGACCAAGCUGCCCGGAGUCUCAGGUGAUCGGGUCUGGGAGGCAAUAGCACGGAUUAUGCGAUCCUUGGACACCGUGGACUCGAUGAUCAAUAUCUGCCGCGAGUUUUCUACCUUGAUGUCAGUAGACGAGGAGCUUAAGAUUGCGGGUGACGAUGACCGAGGCAGCCCUGACCCAUUUGCCGACGUAAAUGACAUGAGCAACGUCAUUGGCGCCGCAACAAGGCCAGGAAAACGAAAGAGCUCCGUUUCUAGCGCCACAACUCCCAAGAAGAAGGCGAGAGGUAAGCCAAAACAGGGCACUAAAUUCCCUAGUGCAGACUCCGGGGAGGACAGCGAUCUUGACUGA